AUGCUUCUUAUUCACAAUUUUACAAUAUAUAUUUUUUCUGGAGACGAGUGGUUCCAACACGAAAUUACUACAUACGAUAACGAUACAUCCAUUAGCUACAAGAUCAGUGGAAAGUCGCCAAAGUACUACUCAUAUUCAGUCAGCAAUAGCUCCUACCGUAAAGUUAACAGUGGUGAAUGGUCGAGUAGCGGAUUUCCAGUCUGGGCCAUUGUCAUCAUUGUCAUUAUUGUUUUGAUUGUUGUUGUUGCUUUAGUAUUUGUUUGUUGCCGCUUCUGCUGUAGAACUGCUGACAGAGCAUUUUCUAGUUCUAGCUCUUCUAGUUCAAAGAAGCAUAGCAGACAAACAACAACCACAACCAUUUAUGUCCAACAACAAUCAGCGCCAUCAUAUUCACCACCACAAAAUCCAUCACAACAAAGUUAUCCAUCACCUUAUCAACAGCAACCACAACAAAGUUAUCCAUCACCUUAUCAACAGCAACCACAACAAAGUUAUCCAUCACCUUAUCAAGAGCAAACACAACAAAGUUCUCUAACACCAUAUCAACCUCCACCACAACAGUGCCCACCUCCAGAAUAUGUACCAGGAGAAUAUACACCAUCUUCUCAAGGAGGUCAAACACAACCAUAUUAUCCACCUCCAUCACCACAAAAUUAUUCACCUAAUCCUUAUCAAUAA